AUGGCGCAGAACGACUAUGAGCUUACCCAGUCCAAGACUGAGGUCAAAAGUGCGACCGGGGCCAGGAGAACAUCCGGAAGUGGCACGUUCGACAGCGUGAUAGCCGGCGACGUCGAAACCUUGGAGCAGCUGGGCUACGAGCCGUCCAACUUACAACGAAACCGUUCCACGAGCACACUACUCUUCCAGUCACUCGCCAUCUGCUCAAUACCGUACGGCUUGGGCGGUCCUCUCAUCAAUGUCAUCUACGGAGGUGGCCCUCUGGCUCUCUUCGUGGGCUGGAUUACCGUCGCGCUUCUCAGUCAGUCAGUCGCGCUAUCGGUAGCCGAACUCGCAUCUCGAUACCCAACCUCCGCUGGCCCUUACUACUGGUCAUUCCAGAUUGCCUCCAGGGGCAAGACUAUUCUCUCAUUCGUCACGGGAUGGACCUGGAUCAUCGCCAACUGGACUAUCACUCUGUCGGUGAACUUCGGCUUCGCGUCUCUCCUCGCCGGUACGAUCACGAUGAUGGAGCCGAGCUGGGUCGCCACGCCGUGGCAGCUUCUGCUCAUGUUCUACGGACUGCUGCUGUUCACCGCAGUUGUGUGCAUCUUUGCGAACCGAUGGCUUUCGAUCGUCGACACGUGUUGCGCAGCAUUUAUCGGACUGACAAUCGUCGUCACUCUCAUAGCACUUUCGGUCGAAGCCAAGGCCGGCCGACAUGACGCCGCUUACGCUCUGGGACAUUAUGAAGAAACGUUCUCUGGCUGGGGGCACUUCACUUUCUUCAUCGGUCUUCUUCCAUCAGCCUACGUCUUUUGCGCUGUCGGUAUGAUCUCUGGGAUGGCCGAGGAGUGCAAAGACCCAUCCGUUAGGGUGCCUAAAGCCAUCGGUCUCACCGUCCCCAUCCAAGGCGUAGCAGGUCUCUUCUUCAUCCUCCCGAUCUGCUUCACCAUGGCUCCUCUCGACGAGAUCAUCGCUGCUCCAUACGGUCAGGCUUUACCGGUUGUUUUCCGCUCCGCAAUGGGCAGCAAUGCGGGAGGUCUUGGGCUCUUGUGUCUGGUUCUGGUCGUCACGAUAGGCUGUAGUCUGAGCAUCACCGUGGCUGCAUCUCGUUGCACUUGGGCAUUCGCUCGGGAUAACGCCAUACCUGGAUCUCGCCUGUGGUCGCAGGUUGAUACGAAACUUGGAGUCCCGGUGAAUGCCAUCAUCCUUGUGACGAUAGUGGAGAUGCUUCUUGGGCUCAUCAAUAUCGGAAGCACUUCCGCGUUCACGGCAUUUGUUUCUGUCGGAGUGAUGGCUUUGGAAGUGAGCUAUCUCAUCCCCAUUAUCAUAAGCCUCUUCCAUGGGCGCAGAGAAGUCAACGGGGCUCGUUAUACAUGUGGCCCGACAAUCGGGCCGGUGGUCAACUACAUCGCAGUUGGUUGGAUCUCGUUUCAAGCAGUGCUGUUCAGCAUGCCCACAGCCCUGCCGGUGACCUCUGUCACCAUGAACUACGCAAGCGUGGUUUUCGUGGGAUUUGCUGUUCUAUCUGCCAUAUGGUACAGGAUUCAUGCAAGGAAGGUCUACAAGGGCCCACCAGUAACAGACGGAAUUGCAGCUUGA